UAAAGUGAAAGUAUACAAAAAUAAACAUCAUUUUCCAUCUAACUGUUAGUUUUGUUUCAUUUUGAAUUAAAUGUAAAUGGGGGUAACCAAAAUGUUUUAAUGAGCUUUUCAUCCGGUCCUGGUUUCGUCAACCAAGGUCUCCGCCUCCUGAUUGUGUGUGUGAGUGUAAACUAUGUCACAUGACCCUAAACUGACCAAUAGAAAUACAAAACUUCAACUUCCGUUGCAGCUUUCAUCACUUUCACUGUUUUCCUUUCGUUCAUUGAAUUCUUGAUCUUCGUUGUUUAUAAAUAAUCGAACAACUUAUUAAUCGAUCUGUAUGAAGACGACGGCAUUUUAUAGUUUCCAUUCACCAAAUUCCACUUCUCAGCGAAUCUAAUGCAAAUGGCAUACUUGAAGUACAUCAUGAGUUUUUAUAAAGUUUUAAAGACUAAAAGAAGAUGUUACACAGAACAAAUAUCACGUUGCGUAUAUAUAAAUCUAUGGUAGAAUUAUAAAAUAUUUCCUCUGGAUGACAUUGGGAAAAUUUCUCUACCUUACUGUCUGAAACAUAUACAAGACAAUUUUGUAUAUGUGGUUAUUUACAAGUUUGAAGAUUGGAUAUUGAGAAGAAAUUAUAGUUGAUGGAAAUAUUGCAGUGCAUAUAUUUGUUUAAAAUAUUGGGAAAACAUAUCUGUAUAUUGUGGUGAGAGAAUAAAAAUCAUGGAAAAUAAAUUAUGUAAAACCCAACCUAAAACAGUUGAUUUUCCUAAUGGAAUACUGAAAGAAAUUGGAAAAACAUACCACUGUGAUAUAUGCAAAAAGUCAUUCACUCAAAAAGGCCACCUAACUACUCAUAAACGUAUCCAUACUGGAGAGAAGCCAUAUCACUGUGAUGUCUGUGGUAAAUCAUUCUCUCGAAAUGGUGAUGUAACUAUACACAAACGUAUUCAUACAGGAGAAAAACCAUAUCACUGUGAUAUUUGUGAUAAAUCGUUUUCUCAAAGUGGUAAAUUGACUAUACACAAACAGAUUCAUACAGGAGAGAAACCUUUCCACUGUGAUGUCUGUGGUAAAUCGUUUGCUCAAAGAAAUGGCUUGACAGGCCACAAACGAAUUCACACGGGAGAGAAGCCAUAUUGCUGUGAUGUCUGUGGUAAAUCGUUCUCUCGGAAUGACCACUUAACUGUACACAAACUCAUUCAUACGGGAGAGAAACCUUUCCACUGUGAUAUCUGUGGUAAAUCAUUCUCUCGAAAUGAGCACUUAACAGAUCACAAAUACACUCAUACAGGAGAGAAACCAUAUCACUGUGAUAUUUGUGGAAAAUCAUUCUAUCGAAAUUAUCAUUUAACUAAACACAAGCACAUUCAUACUGGAGAGAAGUCUUGUCGUUGUGAAAUCUGUGGUAAAGCAUUCUUUCGAAAUGGUGACUUAACUACUCAUAUACGCAUUCAUACAGGUGAGAAGCCAUACCACUGCGAUAUCUGUGGUAAGUCAUUCUCUGGAAAUGGUGACUUAACUAUUCACACACGCAUUCAUACAGGGGACAAACCAUAUUCUUGUGAUGUCUGCAGUAAAUCAUUCUCUCGAAAUCAUGACUUGACAACUCACAAACGUGUUCACACAGGAGAAAAGCCAUAUUGCUGUGAUAUUUGUGGUAAAUCUUUCUCUGAGGGAAGUGUCUUAACUACUCACAAACGCAUUCAUACAGGAGAAAAGCCAUAUCACUGUGAUAUCUGUGAUAAAUCAUUCUCUCAAAGAUCUACUUUAACAAGCCACAUACAGAUUCAUACAGGGGAGAAGCCACAUCACUGUGAUAUCUGUGGUAAAUCAUUUUCCCGAAAUGGUGAUUUAACUACUCAUAUACGCAUACAUACAGGAGAUAAACCAUAUUCUUGUGAUAUCUGUGGUAAAUCAUUCUCUCGAAAUCAUGACUUGACUGCUCACAAACGCAUUCACACAGGAGAGAAACCAUACUGCUGUGAUAUAUGUGGUAAAUCUUUUUCUCAAAGAUCUAACUUAACUAACCACAUACAUAUUCACACAGGAGAGAAAUCAUAUCACUGUCAUAUCUGUUGUAUAUCAUUCUCUCAAAAUGGUGAUUUAACUAAACACAAACUCAUUCAUACAAAGAGAAAUCCUUAUAACUGAUUUGUGGUAAAUCAUUCUCUUAAAAAUGUCUUGUGCAUGAAAGUAAGCUUAUCAAUGAGAAAAACCAUUCUGUCGGGAAUGUUUUCAUCAUCAUCCUAGGUUGAAGUGUUGAAUGAAAUUUAUUGAGACAGAUUUUCUAAGGCCCAAUGUCCUUCAUCACCAAUCAUCAUUUGUUUCAGAGCAAAGCCAGUCUUGUUUGCACUGAAUAUUGGUAAUAAAUGAUGAUGCUUGUUUGACUGACAUCAUUUACAACUAUCACACAAUGUCAAGACAAGGCGACAAACACACACUUAUAUAUAUAUAUUGUAAUAAUGAAGCCAAAUAACUUUUGAAACCAAAUGACUAUUUUGAAAGCAUUUAAUGUGUUUAUAUCUGCAUAAUAUAUAAUAGAAGCUACAUCCCUUUGCACAAGAGCUUCCUUUUCGAAGUGUAUUAACUGAGGAAGGCCUUGUGUAAUGGGAAGUAUUUUCUAAUAUAUAUUAUGCAGAUUUGAAACAUAUCAAAUGCCUUCAAAGUAUGAUUAUUUGGUUUGACUUCAUUGUUACAAUUUCUACACCUUGAUGCCAGUUCAAACUAACCUUUCCUGACUCCAAUUACAUGGAUUUGAAAUAGUUUGUUAUAUUAGACUUGCGUUGAAAAUUCUGGCACUGUGCAUCACUUCUAAGUAUAACACACACACACAUAUCUAUAUGUAAAGUAUUAACAAAGAGAUUGGAGUGAGCAACACAUUCUAUUACACACUACUACAAUUGUUUCAGUACCAUUUUACUAGAAGAUAUGCAAUAAUACAUCAUAUCAGUAUUAUUCCAGCAAUUCUUCAGGUAUAUCAGGAAGGUUAAUACAUAAAUUUUUAUAUACAGGAAUCCCUCACUUUAUAGAAGCAAUGCAUUCCUGAAAAUUUGGCUAUAACAAAUUUUUCCUCUUGAUUUAUAUAUUGAGAUUGUGUUCCUACAGAUUUUCUUUUAGCAAAAUUAAAAAAGAAGAAAACAGAACAAGCAACAUUAUCACAUUUAUACAUGAAAAUUACAAUUACUAAACACACAUACAAUACAGACACAGAGGAAUACAAAAACAUUUCAAGAGGAAUAUGUUAAGAAAUUAAUAUAAAUCAGUAUCAUAAGAGUACAUUCUUACCACAAAAGAUGUUAGCUACUGUGUGAGGGGUGGUGUUAGAACGAGCAUUACUAGGUGGAUGAGGAACAAUAUUUACUAUCGUAGGGAUGAAGAACUUAUCCAAAGUUGUUUGUUGUUUAUGAUUUAUCAUCUCUUUGUACAGCUCAGUAUAGGAACUGAGCUUAUUGUCUACUCUUCUUGUAAUUUUUAUAUUACAUCCACAAUUAGGACCAUUAGCAGCAAAAAGCUGCAGAUUCUUCUCAAGUGUCAACUCAUUAAACAAUUUAAAUGGCAAUGGUGAAACUUUGUCUCAUCUGUAUUCCCAGUUUGUCUUUUUUCUCACAUCAACUCCUCAUUAGAUAAACUUUCUUUCUGGAACACUAGUAACUCAGUUACAUCAUCCUCUACGACUUCUUCAAAUCCUAUGUCCUUUUUAAGUACAAAAUAUUUUUUUGAAUUUGAUGUAUUGAGGAAAUACAUGCUUGAGGAAAACUUUUAAUGUCAUGGAUACAAUCUGGCCAUAUUUACUAUUCAAAGUUUAGCCAUUAUUCACUUGUAUUCAUGUUGAAUUUCUUCUAGAAGUCUCUAACUGUAAGUUUAUCCUUCCUGUGAAUUGCUUUCAGAAGUUGUUUGAAAGUUCUCAUAAUAUGCCUUGAAGUCAGCUGCCACACCUUGAUCCAUUGGCUGGGGCAAAGAAGUUGUAUCUUGGGUAGACAUUCUAUAAUGCAUACAUAAGAAUAAAUUUAAAUAUGAAAUAGAUGUGGUGCAAGUAUAAUAAACGUUAUUGACUGCACAUGCUUAAUGCUUAUUCCAUGUGUGUUUGCUAGUAGGCUGUGAAUUGGUGUGGUGGUGAUUACUCCCUCAAAGUGAUGGUGGCGUCAUGCUUGUCUAUGACUUUCAGGUGUUUUAAUACAGGGUGUUUUGGCGGAUUGAUCUCCACAAUGCCAAAUUGCAAACUAACAGCAAGUAAACAUAGUGUAUACGUUAAAUAUAUGAUACGGUUGAUAAUGUUUAUUAUGCAUCUGCUGAUUCUAUUUCAUAUUUCAGCCAAUCAGGCAUCUCUGCAUUCACACACUAUCAAUAAUGUUGCUAUUCCCACUGCCUCAUGUACAGUUGAAUGUAUCUAAGAAUUGGGUGGGUGUGUGUGUGUGUAUAUAUAUAUAUAUAUAUAUAUAUAUAUAUAUAUCUGGUCCUCCCAUAAGUAAUGUCAUUUUUUGUAGUAGGCUUUUAAGAAAUAAAAAGCAAGUAAGCUACCAAUUUAAUCAACUAUAUAUUCCCCAUCAGAAUCAAUAACAUUUUUUCAAUGCUAUAAAAUGUUUUUUAUGCUAUUUGUAUAGAAAUCAGCUGUCUGAGAAGAGAAAAACUCUCGAAGGUCCAUUUCAAGUGCCUUUAAGGAAUUGUAUUCUUUUCCAUCAUGAAAAUUUUGCAAGAUUUGGAAUAAAUGAUAAUCUGAAGGAGCAAGGGCAGGAGGAUAUGGAAGAUGUAGAAGCCUUUCCCAGCCUAGCUCUUCAAUCUUGGUACAGGUUGUGAGAUCUGACAUAGUCAUGAUGGAAAAGGACACCUUUUCAGUUGACUAGAAGGACACCUUUUCUCUGUUAGUUUUUUUUUUCAUUCAUCUCAUCAAUUUACUUACAUUACAACAUUACACUUGAGCUGUAAUUGUCUAGUUUUGUUGUAAGGUUUCAAAGUGUAUUGCAUCAAACACUUAUCAAAACUUACCGAGUGCCAGUGGCACGUGAAAGACAACAUUCAAGCGAGGUCGUUGCCAGUACCGCCUGACUGGCCCUCGUGCAGGUGGCAUGUAAAAGCACUCACUACACUCUGGGAGUGGUUGGCAUUAGGAAGGGCAUCCAGCUGUAGAAACUCUGCCAGAUCAGAUUGGAGCCUGGUGCAGCCAUCUGGCUCUCCAGUCCUCAGUCAAACUGUUCAACCCAUGCCAGCAUGGAAAGCAGACGUUAAACAAUGAUGAUGAUGAUGUUGUUUGUUCUGGUUGGACCGAUUGAUUUUGGCGAUACUAAAGAGUAUCCACUUUUGAUCACCAGUCACUAGGUAGUUCAAAAAAUAAAGAGCAGUACAGAUAUUGACACAUUCUCUCUGAUUGUUUUCACCCAGUUCUUGUGAAGCCCACUUUUACCAAGCUUAGACACUAUUCCAAGUUCUUGAAAGUGACAAUGGACAGUUGAUGCCAUUGAAAUAAUCUUUUCUGCUAACUCCUCAACAGUUGCAUGUGGAUUUCUUCCAGUAGCAGCUUUCAACACAUCAUUAUGAAAAGAGACACUGGCCAGUGUGACAGGCAUCUUCCAAGCUAAAGUCCUCUUGUUGAAAUUUAUGGAACCAUUGUUGGCACUUGUGAAUAUUCAAAAUACCUUCACCAUACACUUUUUGCACGUUUAUUACAGUAUUUGUUGCAUAAUUGCCAUGACAUGUCUAAUGUGCUCUUCCAUGACCUCCAUUUUCAUGUACAGUCUGAAAAACGACAUUACUUAUGAGAUGACCAUCUAUGUAUAUUUACACUCACACACACGCAUACACACAUAACAUAUAUAAUGGGCUUCUGUCAGUUUUCAUUUGCUAGAUCAACUCACAAAGUUUUUGGUCAGCCUAGGACAAGUAGAAUGCACUUGCCCAAGAUACUAUGCAGUGGGGCUAAACCCAAAACCCUGUGGUUGGGGUGCAAACUUCAUAGCCCUACAGCCACACCUGUACCUAAGAGCCCUAAUAUGUAACCAUAAUAUAAACGUGUGUAGAUAGACAAGCUGUAACAAUGUGAGGAUAAUCUCCCAACAUGUCAUAUUAAUCUUAACUACAUCUAUGGAAUACAUGUUUAAAGUGCAUUUAGCCCAUUUGCAUAAGAUACUAUUGGUUUGCCAAUUACCAUUAUGAAAUGUAAUCUCAAAUAACCUCAUUAAUGUAUAAGUAACAAAUCAUAAGCCAAUAUUUCCUCAUUCCAUAAUAGGAUCGAUGUAUAUAUCUGUGUGUUCUGCAAACUUUCUUGUAUCUGGGUUUAUUUUUAUUAGGUGUCCCAUCAAGGCAAAUUAUUCUGUGGCUAGCAAGAUAUGUUUUUUAAUUAUUUCUUUAUGGUUUGAUUGUGAUUGUUAAUUUGUCUCACUGUAGCCUUAAGUUUAAUUUAAAUACAUUGUAAUAUAAUUUGUGAAUCAUCACCAAUGUUGUGCUUGCUGGCAUGUGUUGUACGUCUCUUAUAUAUGAUAUCGCUACAGUUUCUUGAAUCUUUUUUCCUGUUCAUCUGUGAUGACCAAAGUCUCAAGUUCUGGUCUCGUUACUCCUUUGUAAACAUUCUUAACAACCUGAAAUGUUAAUAAACCUGAAUUGUUCUCAAA